UUCACGGCGCAGUCAGUCUGGCAGCUGCGACUGGAGGCGGAGGGGCGAUCGAACGAGUGAGUCCGAGUCUGAGAGAAACCGCCCCCGUUUUCCAGCUGAUCCGCGAGCAGGCACCCCUUAAGACCUCCGAAGGCGCUCGACCGGUCGAUUCACCCCCUCAAGAUGGUUCUCCGGUGGCCAUGUGGGCUGCCCCUGACGGUGCGGCAGCGCCUGCUGCAUUUGCAUGCCCGCCAGCCGCGCUUCUACUCCACAGAGGUCGAGUACAGGCCGAUCCGCAGCGUUCUUUGCGCCAACAGAGGUGAAAUUGCCAUUCGCGUGUUUCGAGCAUGCACGGAAUUGGGAAUCAGGUCGGUGGCGGUCUACUCGGAGCAGGACAAGAUGCACAUGCACAGGCAGAAGGCCGACGAGUCCUACCUGGUCGGCAGAGGACUUCCUCCGGUCCAGGCAUACCUAAGCAUUCCUGAAAUCGUCAGAGUGGCCAAGGAAAAUGAUGUUGAUGCAAUCCACCCUGGCUACGGUUUUCUCUCAGAAAGAGCAGAUUUCGCACAAGCUUGCAUUGACGCCGGGAUCAGAUUCAUCGGCCCUUCGCCCAAAGUUGUCCAACAAAUGGGAGACAAAGUUGCUGCCAGACAAGCUGCAAUUGAUGCCAAGGUGCCAAUUGUGCCGGGCACUCCAGGGCCAGUCACCACUUCCGAAGAGGCUGUUGAAUUUUGCCGAAAGCACGGCCUCCCUGUGAUUUUCAAAGCAGCCUAUGGAGGUGGCGGACGCGGCAUGAGGGUUGUGAGAAAGAUGGAGGAGGUGGAGGAAAAUUUCCAAAGAGCCAGCUCGGAGGCGCUGUCUGCUUUCGGAAACGGUGCCAUGUUUAUUGAAAAGUUCAUCGAGAGACCCAGACACAUUGAGGUGCAGAUUUUGGGAGACAAGGCGGGUAACGUCGUCCAUUUGUACGAAAGAGACUGCUCUGUUCAGAGACGGCACCAGAAAGUUGUUGAAAUUGCUCCGGCGCCUAAUCUGGAUCCCAAGGUGAGGGAUCAAAUGACUGAGUACGCCGUUCGCCUUGCCAAGUUGGUUGGCUACGAGAAUGCGGGCACUGUCGAGUUCUUGGUUGAUGAAAAUGGAAACUUCUUCUUCAUCGAAGUUAACGCUCGUCUCCAAGUGGAACACACCGUAACUGAAGAAAUCACAGGAAUUGAUUUGGUGCAGAGCCAGAUUAGAAUUGCUGAGGGCAUGACUCUUCCUGAACUGGGCAUGAAACAGGACACCAUCAAGGUUCAGGGCAGUGCCAUCCAAUGUAGAGUGACCACUGAAGAUCCUGCCAAAAACUUCCAGCCAGACACUGGCAGAAUUGAGGUAUUCCGAAGUGGAGAGGGUAUGGGAAUCCGUCUGGACGGCGCCUCUGCUUUUGCUGGUGCCCAAAUCUCGCCUUAUUACGACUCCCUCCUGGUCAAGGUCAUUGCCCAUGCUGGUGACCUGCAGGCCUCUGCUGCCAAAAUGAACCGCGCCCUGCGAGAAUUCAGAGUUCGAGGAGUCAAAACAAACAUUCCAUUUUUGCUGAAUGUGUUGGAGAACCAGAAAUUCCUGAACGGCACCGUCGACACUUACUUCAUUGACGAACAUCCGCAGCUUUUCCAGUUCCGGCCCUCCCAAAACCGAGCCCAAAAGCUGCUCAACUAUUUGGGCACUGUCCUCGUCAAUGGACCGUCAACUCCUCUGGCCACUAAUCUGAAACCGGCUGAAGUUGUGCCUCAUUUGCCAGAAAUCCCAAUGAAUCUUAGAGCUGCAUCUUCUGACAUAAGUGAAAGUGAGGAUGAAGGUGAAAGUGCUUUCAAGCCUCCCAACGGCUUCCGCCAAAUCCUGCUCGCCGAUGGACCUGCUGGUUUUGCCAAGGCUGUCCGUAACCACAAGGGUCUGCUCUUGAUGGACACAACCUUCCGCGACGCCCACCAGUCCUUGCUGGCCACCCGUGUCCGCACCUACGACCUGCUCAAGUCCUCACCCUACGUGGCGCACAACUUCAACGGACUGUUUGCCUCAGAGAACUGGGGCGGUGCUACUUUUGACGUCGCCCUGCGCUUCCUGCACGAAUGUCCUUGGGAGCGGCUUGAGGAGAUGCGAAAACUCAUCCCCAACAUUCCUUUCCAGAUGCUCCUGCGUGGUGCUAACGCUGUCGGAUACACAAAUUACCCGGACAACGCCGUAUUCAAGUUCUGCGAGCUUUCAGUGCAAGCUGGCAUGGACAUUUUCCGAGUUUUUGACUCCUUGAACUACCUGCCGAAUCUGAUCCUUGGAAUGGAAGCUGCUGGAAAAGCAGGAGGAGUGGUCGAGGCUGCAAUUUCCUACACUGGUGAUGUUGCAGACCCAACCAGGAAGAAGUACGACCUUAACUACUAUCUCAAUUUGGCCGAUGAGCUUGUCAAAGCUGGAACGCACAUUCUUUGUAUAAAGGAUAUGGCCGGACUUUUGAGACCAACUGCUGCCAAACUGUUAAUUUCGGCCCUUCGAGAACGCCACCCUCAGGUCCCCAUUCACAUCCACACCCACGACACCUCAGGCGCUGGAGUUGCUUCCAUGUUGGCUGCUGCCGAGGCUGGAGCUGAUGUGGUGGACGUUGCCGUUGACUCAAUGUCCGGAAUGACCUCUCAACCCAGCAUGGGAGCCAUCGUUGCCUCCCUCAAGGGCACAGAACAUGAUACAGGAAUGGAUCUGAGCAAGAUCAGUGAAUAUUCGGCGUAUUGGGAGCAGGCCCGUACCUUGUAUGGACCCUUCGAGUGUGCUACGACAAUGAAAUCUGGCAAUGCCGACGUCUACUUGAACGAAAUUCCUGGAGGUCAAUACACCAACCUGCAAUUCCAAGCUUACUCUCUUGGUCUGGGAGAUUUCUUUGAGGAUGUUAAGAAAGCUUACAGGGAGGCGAAUCUUCUUCUUGGGGACAUCAUCAAGGUAACGCCGUCAUCUAAGGUCGUGGGAGACCUGGCGCAGUUCAUGGUCCAGAACAAGCUGACCGCCGAACAAGUGCUGGAGAAAGCAGAGGAGCUCAGCUUCCCCAAGUCGGUGGUCGAAUUCCUGCAGGGCAGCAUUGGAGAACCCUACGGAGGAUUCCCCGAACCCCUGCGCUCCAGGGUGCUGAAGAACAUGCCCAGGGUGGAGGGCAGACCUGGCGCCUCCAUGCCGCCCCUGGACUUUGGAGCCCUGAAGAAGGACCUGCUGGAAAGGCACCCUCACAUAUCUGACAAGGAUGUCAUGAGUGCUGCCCUUUAUCCUGCGGUGGCCGAGGAAUUCUUCGACUUCAGGGAUAAGUUUGGGCCGGUCGACAAAUUGGACACUCGCAUCUUCCUGACGGGACCAAAAGUUGGAGAGGAGUUUGAGGUGACCAUUGAAAAGGGAAAAACUCUUGGUGUCAAGACACUUGCCAUGGCUGAAGAUCUCACUCCUAAUGGAGAACGAGAGGUGUUCUUUGAGCUGAAUGGACAGCUCCGAUCUGUCUUCAUUAAAGAUAAGGAGGCAGUGAAGGAACUUCACAUUCAUCCCAAAGCCCAGAAGAGUGCGCGUGGCGAAGUGGGGGCUCCGAUGCCAGGAGCUGUGAUUGAAAUCAGGGUCGUCGAAGGGGACAGAGUGGAGAAGGGAGCCGCUCUUGUUGUCCUUUCAGCCAUGAAAAUGGAAAUGGUGGUGCAGUCUCCAGUGAGCGGCGUCGUCAAGUCGAUCGCCGCCACAAAGGGGAUGCGCCUCGAGGGCGAAGAUCUGCUGAUGACCAUCGAAGAAGAUAAGUAGAAUCUUCCAGAUUAAAGAUUAAAACAGAAAAAUAAUGGUCACACUUUGGGGCUCUCUGACGAUAAUAAUUGUUCUUCCAUAGCGCCUUUUGCUUCUUCAUCCACAAUGUUGUCCUUUUGAUAUAUUUUUUAUACUUGUUAAAUCAUUUUUCUCUGCAUUUUUAUUGAGAAAGAAGAAAUUGAAAACAAAGAUUAAAUGCGAUAGCUGUUGAUUGUUUUUUGUUAUAGCGAAUGUAUCAAGGAAAUCUUAGUUGGAAUGAUAUUAAGACUGUUUAAAAAUCACACAAAAAAAAAUUACAAUUUUACCCUAAAAAAUUAUAGAAUUUUUCAUUUACUGUGUCAAUUGAUCUAAUAAUAACUUGUGUAUUUAACUUGUUAAACUGAGAAAGUGAACGUGUAAGUGUAAAGAUUAAAAAUAAUUGGUUUAUAUUCGCAUAAUAAUUUA